CGCCAAACCCUAAUCGAUGACGAGCAUGAGGCUCCAACCCUCAUCACCGGAAUCCUCACCACCGGGACUGACCCCAGUGAAGAGGCCGAACCCCACAUCGCAUCUGGUCCUGGCAUCCUCACCGACGUCGGACCCGAACCAAGCCAAGAAGGCGAAGCCGGACAACACCGAUCUAUGUUCAGCAUCCCGUUUAGCCAAAUUAUUUUUGACUCCCGAAAAUCGAUGUCUCCCGCCAGACGAAUUUAGGAAGAAGUGUGUGAUGGGCUUAAUUAAAGCUUUGAAGGAGAACGAUCCUGAUCCUUAUACGGGGUUAGCAAAGAAGCUUCCAGAAACUUUACCAGAGGGAUAUGCAUGGGGUUAUGACAACCCUGGGAGUGGAAUUAGAACUUUUAUUUAUAAGAUGUUUUACACCUAUUGUAGCGGAGCUCACAUGAAUGAGGACUGCCCGAAGAAGGGUACUCCAGAGGCUGCAGAGUUCUUGAAGCAACAUCUCCCCGUCAUCUUUGCGGAUGAGACAAAGCCCAAGAUCCCCAAGUAA